GCUGCCAUGGUCCAGCGCUGGUCAUCAGUGGCGAUGGACAGAACAGCAUCGAAUCCAUAAAGGAGCUGAUGCUCGUCGUUUCCAUCGCCUCCAGCGCUCCUUCUUCGCUGGUCUCCCGGCGCUCGGCGCUUGCCACGGCGGCGGCGCUCGGUUUCGGAGGCGCCAAUGUGCCAGAGGCAGUUGUUUGCGGUCUGGUGACGUCGUGGAGGUGAACUGGGACGAUGUUUGGUGGCCCUGCGACGUGCUGCAGGCGCACAUGGACAGCUGCACGGUGAAGUACCACGACGGCGGGGACGUGGAGGAUACCGUGGAAGUGGCUGAGAGGGUGCGCAGGCCUCAGAAGCGAUACGUGGAGCGUGACUCGGUGGUGGAGGUUUUGUGCGAGGGCCUCUGGUGUCGCGGGCGUGUGCGAAGCGUGGAGGAGAACAGCUGUGCCAUCGACUUUUUCGAUGGUGAAACUCGUGAGGCUGUGCCCCUCUGCGAGCUUCGCGCGCCACGAAGCGACGUUGUGGGCCGUUUCAUGGAGGCGGAGGUGAGUCCGCAUGACUGGCGCGAGUGCGAGGUCUUGGAAGCUGCAGGUGGACGGUUUCAGGUGCGUUUCCUGGAUGGUGAAGAGCGAGAGGUCACCAAAGUUCGUGAAUCUCCGGUGCCCGUCUACAUGCUCUAUGUUGGUCAGGGCUGUCAGGGGCUGGUCACCCGCAUCGAAGACGACGGCGAAGUGCUCUGCGACAUCGGCGCGGAAGAGGUUGCACGGAUCCCUGCGCGCCUUCUGGGGCAAGGGGCGGCGAUGCGUGAAGACAUUGACCUGGGUCAAGUCCUGGACCUUUGGAUCUUGGGCGUGGACCCCUCGCGGCGCCGGAUUCUGGUGACCCCCCGCGGCCUCGGUGCCGCGACGACGGCGACGAGCAGCGCAGAGAACUCCGAACGCAAGAGGCGCUUCUGCGAGUACAUCUUGCGUGGAGUUUCCGGCCCGCUUGAGCGCGCUGACCGUAUCAAGGAGCUGAAGGUUCAUCAAGUCCCACGGUGGGCAGAUCUGAGGUCAACCAUUCCCGAUGCCGAAUCCACCGAAUCCGGGAUUCUCCUUCGGCCUCCCAAGAUGAACACCAGGUGUCCCAGCAUUCGGAUCCUGGCCGUGCUUUACCCGGCUCAACAGCGCUCAGCAACGCGGAUCAAGCGUACGGCAACGAGUGUCACCGGUGGCUCACAAGCAGCGUGGGUAAUUCUUGUAUGGUUUUUCGGAUGUUCUGGACUGCUGGUGCUGAACGCGCGGCUGUCGGAGCGCCCACCCAGGCUGCGCAUCAGCCAUGUGGACGAAAAGACGGGCCUGACCUGGACCAAAGGCCUCGGAAGUGGCGAGAGCUCGGCCUAUGACACGGAAGCUGGGCAGAACGCUGAGCUCGGCCAUGUGCAAAUCAUCAUGGAUCAGCUUCCUAAGUCUCGCCUAGGCAUCAACCUGGUGCACAACCAGGUGACUGUCAGCCGCGUGGUGGUGCGGGAGGCCUUUAAUGCUGGCUGGCGCGUGGGAGAUGUGAUCCUGGAAGUGGAUGGGAAGCAGGUGCGCUCCAACAAGGCGGUGCAGCGUGCUGUACGCCAGGCGUUGCUGCAGAAGAAGCUGCCGCUGAGCUUCAAGGCGAAGGGCAAGGGCGUCCGCCGUUGGGCGGUGCCGGAUGGCUCCCGCGGCAUGCUUCAGCUGACGAAGGAUGGCCGUGCCUUUGAUGCAGAGGGCACCACCAUUGGACCAUGGUCGUUUCGGCGCCAAGACCGCGAGCACCUGGUGCCCAUGCUGGACAUCGUCAAAGGCGUUCUGCAGGAGUUCCGCGUGGUGCUCUUCCUGGAGGGCCCCUUGACGGAGCCCAAGACACGCCUGAGCCGCCGGGUGGUGCAGCGGCUGGACGCCUUGGGGCUGCCCUUCAAGGCCAUUGAUUGCAGCAAUGAAAAAAGCAAUCCGAGCAUCCGGAAAAUUGCCAAGGAGCUCUCCGGAGAGGUUCUCCCGCAGCUGUUCAUCAACGGCACGCACGUGGCUGGUGGUCGUGCUAUCAUGGUGGCGCUGGAAGACAAACUGCCAGAGAAAAACAGUUCCGGAUUGAAUUUUUGCUGGCGUUUAGCAGCUGCCUCAGCAGUUGCUUUCCUGUGCCGAAGGCCAGAUGUGCGACAUGCGAAGCUCGCGGCGAAAGGUUCCAGUACAUUAGCCGCGACGGCAAAGACCGUGGAUGCCAAGGUCUUUAGCCGCUCGGCCGAGAAGGCUUUGGACGGCCGGGAAGGGAACGUCUUCACCGAGCCUGAGAUGUUCAUGGAGGUGCUGGAGCAUCUUAAUCAGACUCAUUCCCAGAAGGGCCCAGUGUACUUCGAGCGUGUGAGUCGGGCUGCGGAUGAAAAGAAGGACAUCGUGUUGUACGUCCCUGGCAUCGAUUUCUCGGGUGCUUUCGCGGCGCCUCAAUUCCGCGGCCUUGCUGCUGACUUCGAGCUUUGGCGCUGCUGGGUGAAGCCCGGCUGUCGCGAGUCUUUCUACGAGAUGGCAAGGCAGCUGGAGGCAUGGUUGGAGAGUCACGAAAAUCGCAAGGUGGUGCUUCUGGGCGAGUCCUUCGGAGGUCUCUUGUCUUUGGCCGUGGCCUUGCGUUUGGGCCGAGAGAAACUGAAAGGGCUGGUCCUGGUGAAUCCAGCGACCUCCUUUGACCGCACGGUGUGGCCAUUGCUUGGUCGAGUGCUUGCCGCAGUGCCCAAUGAACCGGGGAAUUUGCCGCCCAUGGGGUCGCACAAAGACUUAAACGAGCUCUUUGAGGAUAUCCAGAGCCGUGCCACGCUGUCGCCCUAUCCGUACCUGGCGGGCUCGGCAUUGACCGGCACAGUGGCCGAUUCCACGCAGUGGCUCGGUGAUGUGGCAGUGAUGGAGGUACCCAGAGACCCAGAGAAUCUUGCUCAGCUACUUCCCCCUGAGACUGUGAAGUUUCGCUUGCGCCAUUGGCUACGAGAUGGAUGUGAAUGGGUCCCAUGGCCAUGUCAACAGCGAGCUGCGGCGCCGCCGGGGCGCGUCCUUUGGAGGCGAGAUGAAAAGCUCUGGGAUGAUAGGCAAAUAGGAAUGGAACUCUCUCUGGAUGUAUCGGAAGAUCAGGUCCUCGUGAAUUUUCCACAGGACACAGAUGGGUUCUAUUGGCACCAUCACCUCUUGCUACAUCGUGUGGCUGGGGGGGUGUGGCUUUGGCUGAGCCCGGACUAUGAGAUUGUCAGACAUGAUCUUGGUGCAAUUCCUCAUAGGAUCAUAGAGAGACGCAGUCCUUUUCCUGCUGACAUCGCGGAUGAGAUCUACGCCCACGACCCAAUAGGUAAGUCCACAUUGUCUGCCUUCAAACGUCAAGCCAAAGUUCAAGCUGCUAUCCUGGGUGACGGAGACAUUGAUUACUCCGAGGCCUAUGAAUGGGUUAUCAGGGAGCCUCAGCAUCCAAAGUUUGGGGUAGGAGCUGAUGUUGGUUUGAUCAACAAUGGUGCAACUGGACUGGCUUUUUCGACCAAAGGGGUCAUCAUUGAUCAAGGAGAAGAGAUCUAUGUGGAGCGGGUGUUGGUGAAUGACCUGGAAGAUUGGAGGAAAAGGAAGACCCUUGAGGGCGGUGAUGAUCGGCUCUUAGGACUGUCAGGAGCGCUCGUAGUCCGGGUGGUGGCCGCCAUGGAGGAGUACCCUCGCGAGGUGCAGGGCCAUCCCUUGCUCUUGGCAUCUCUGGUGGGUGCUACCUCGCUCCAUCCGCAGCUCACCGAAGCCUUACACGAUGCGGCGGUGAACGCCUGCAAGCAGCGGCGCUUCAAGUACCUCAGUAGCAGCUAUGACAUGCGGAUUUUGCCUGCCAAGCGCGGUGGGCGCGACAGUCCUAACUAUCGCUGGGAGGGCGUUUUGAAGCGCAGUUGGUUGGAGAAAAUGUGCGGAAGCAUCCCCGCGGUGCUGGUGCUCUGCAUCGAUUGGUCCCAGGAGCUGAGCCAAGCGGAGCAGGAAGAGUCUCAAGCCUUGCACUAUUUGCAGCACGCGCGGCGACAGGCAAAGGAGCGGGACUUGCGCCUGGUGCUUUUCGUGGUGCUCCACCCCAAAAGCGCCGACCCGGAGGCAGCCACCCGCAGCUUGCACGAGGGUGCCGGCGGGCUGGUGAUGGCCAUGGGUCUGGAAGACCUGAAAGCCAAGGCGCCCAGUCUGGAAAGAUUGAUCUACCAGAACGCCAUAUCCUUCUACGCAGAUGAGGCGUGGGCGCCAAAGGUGCCCAACAUGCCGAUGCAAGUGGCCAUGCAGGUGCGUACCAACUUCAAGGUGGCCUUCUUGAACGAGUUCCGGAAGGAUGCUCGCGGGGCACUGACGGCCUACGUCAAGGCCUACGAGCUGCUGCUGAAGGCGACGGAAACGGGCAACUGGGGAAACUGGGGAAACCAGAGGAUUUGGUGGGCUUAA